AUGUUUAAAUGCGAUCAGUGCCCGUCAGUUUUCACCGCAAAACAUAAUUUGAAAGUCCACCAAAAAAAACAUGUAGGUGUACGUUUUCCGUGCACUGUAUGCCCUUCGACAUUCUCUUAUAAAACCGGUCUCAACAAACAUAAAAAGAACUUUCAUGGUAUAGUCAACGUAUCCGCUCGUAAACCCGCUCAACCGAUUGCUACACCGGUUGUUAGAAAGAUCGUUAUACAGUACGCACCACCUGUAGAGAGUAUCCAGAUUGCGCCGCAAAUAUUUGUUCCUGAUGUCCCAGCCGGUGGCUCGAACAUGUUAACCGAAGACGAAAUGUGUAUGGAAGCCAUGGACGAAUUUGAGGAUACAGAUUCUUACACCGUUGCCGUCAACGGUAAACGCGUUUCUACGGCUAAUACCGCCUCGGCUGCUAAUGCUAAAAGGGUUAGGUUGAAUCUAGUCAAAUCACCAGGGUUCGUAGAAAUUUUGUCGUCUGCGAGCCGUAAAAUCGUGUGGUACUACACUAAAAAUCUGGAUAAUACAAUGAUUUAUUCUGAAUUUCUCCGUCCACUUAUACCCGAGCUAAUACAUUUAUUGAAAACGUGCGUACAAAAACAUGCGAUCAAAUUUAAUUUGAAGCUCGAGGCGACAUACAAUCGUCCAAACGUCCCCAAUUCGUCGGAGAACAGGGCAUUCAAGACGAUAGCGGUAGAAAUUUUUCCUGACAGCGACAUUAGAACGAUUGUAGAGAUAGCGUAUGUGAAGUUGAUGAAGGAGAAGGACGAAUAUAUGGGAAGAGGUAGCGGUUUUACUUUAGAGUCCAUAGACGAGUUAUUAUUAUCGGUGUACAAAUAUACUCCGAUGGGCGGUUCAUCGUAUAUAGAGUUACCUGAAUAUAUCGAUAGGAAGCGGGCCACCAUCAAUCCUCAGAAUAUAGACCAGGAGUGCUUCAAGUGGGCGAUUUUAGCGAGACAUGUGACGGGGCCGUCAGCAUUUCGUGUGGAGGGUGAAAAUUAUAAAAAGCAUGAAGGAAAAUAUAAUUUUGAGGGUAUCGCGUUCCCCACACCUCUAUCGGAUAUAACUAAAUUCGAAAAAAAUAAUGUAAAUGUUUCUAUUAACGUGUACGGUCUCGACAAAAAGUUUCAAUCACCUCGUAAGUACCCGACGUAUGAGGUGUAUCCGCUGCGUGUAGUCGACGAGGAAAAAUCAAAUCAUUUUGACAUGCUAUUGGUGACGGACGGCGACAACUCCCAUUAUACAUACAUUUCUAAUUUUUCACGACUAGUACGUGCGCAGAAAACCGGACAUAGAGAGAGAGUUGUGUUUUGUAAAAGAUGUUUCACCUCGUUCGACAACAGAGCUCAUAAAUUCAAGUUGAGUGGGCAGGAGGCUUUAGAACAGCACAAAUUGAUUUGCGGGGCACACAAACCUAUUUUACCGGAGAUGCCGAAGGAGGGUGAUUGUGUUGAGUUCAGGGCGUGGAAAAAGACAGUGCGGCAUCCUUUCGUGAUAUACGCAGAUUUCGAGUCAUUGCUGGUGAAGACGGAGGAGAAGAGAGGCGAGAGUACCACAAUUAUACAAAAGCACGAAGCGCUGAGUUACGGGUUUUUGGUGAAGACGAGCGACAACGUACCGACAGAGUUAUUGAUAGAGCACGAGAUACCGGAGGGGGCGGUAAUCUACAGAGGCAGCGAAGACAGGACAGACAUAGCGAGACAUUUUGUAGAGUCGAUAGUUGAUGUGGCCCGGAAAAUUGAAGGUCUGAUAAAGACGAAUAUUCAAUUAAUCAUGACUGAGGGCGAAGAAAAAACACAUCAAGAGUGUAGUACGUGUAAUUUAUGCAGAUGCAUAUUAGCCGGGGGCGAUAAGGUUAGGGAUCACGAUCAUUUGACGGGCAAAUUUAGGCAGACCUUGUGCUCUAGGUGUAACUUAGAGUUGCAACAGCCUAAAUUUGUCCCGUAUUUUCCAUAA